GCGAUUUUGGCUGAUCUGCUCCGCCUGUGGUGUUCCGGACACUCGCCAUGUCGUUGAAGUUGCAAAAGAGGCUUGCAGCCUCCCUCUUGGGAUGUGGCAAGAAGCGUGUUUGGAUGGAUCCCAAUGAGACGAAUGAGCUGUCGAUGGCCAACUCGCGCUUCAACAUCAGGAAGUUGAUCAAGGAUGGCUUGAUCAUCCGCAAGGCAGUGACCAUGCACUCGCGCUCGCGCGUGCGCAAGAACUUGGAAGCCAAGCGCAAGGGACGACACAUGGGCACCGGAAAGCGCAAGGGAACACGCGAGGCGCGCAUGCCCACCAAGGUGCUGUGGAUGCGACGUCAGCGAGUGCUGCGACGUUUGUUGAGGAAGUACCGCCAGCAGAAGAAGAUCGAUAAGCAGCUGUACCACUUCUUUUACCGCCAUGCCAAGGGUAACUGCUACAAGAACAAGCGCGUGCUGGUGGAGGCGAUUCACUCCAAGAAGACUGAGAAGAUGAAGGAAAAGGCUCUUCAGGAGCAGAGCGAGGCGCGCAAGGAGAAGGCGCGCCUGGCCAAGGAGAAGAAGCUGCAGAAGAAGACGGAGGCCGCCCGCACGGAAGAGGAGUCCAGCGGCUGGCAGCAGCAGAAGAAGCGAUGAGGUGGCCAUAUUCAGUCGACAGCAGAACAGCCGAAGGAG